AGUGAUCCGCCAAAACCAACCAUUGCUUUGGAGUACAUCUAUGGACGCAGACAUAGGGAUAACAACUCGAGUAAACAAGUUUGUAAUGUCUGGGAAUUGGGCGGAGGAGUGAUGUUCACUAAUUUGAUUGAAUUUGCGAUCAAUGAUCAAAGUCUUGAGAGAACUUCAUUGGUUAUAGUUGUCGACCUAUCGGUUCCCGAAGAGUUAACAAUAACUAUUGAAACACUACUUAACUCUAUAAGCGAACAAAUAUCAAGAAUUGUGUCCAAUAAUAGGAAUUUAGAGAAUAAACUAAAAGAGAGAUCAAUGAAUAGAAUGGCAAAGAAUAACGAAGACAUUCAACAAAUCAAUCCUUUUCUCAUUCCAAUAGUGAUUAUGGGAACCAAAUAUGAUAUUUUUCAAAAUUUAGAUCCAGAAAAACAAAAACUAAUCGUAAGAUAUUUACGACUAACGGCUCACUCAAUGUGCGCACAAUUGAUGUUCGUUUCGACCAAAUCGGAGGCUUUAAUGACAAAAUGCCGGACAGUUCUCAACGCAUUGGCCUUUGAUUUGCCGAUCGAUUCGUUGGGAUUUCAAAGCGAUUACAGAAAACCAAUUGUUAUACCCUUUGGAAGCGAUUCGUACAAAAAGAUUGGCGUCGACUCAAUAGACGCCGUCAAACGAACCUAUAUUUCGAUAUUCCCGCAAAUGGUCACAGAAGUGGUCAUUCCUGACGAUCCGGCGAAGGAUAUCAACUUCAAGGAAAGGGAUAUCGACUUAAUUCGGGCCCAAAAAGAUAGCUUCGUUGUCGUGAGUGGAGAACGAAUUCUUCAGGUCUUGGAUCUGCUGUUCGACGUCUUGGACCGACUGUUGGCGCUCUAA